UGACGCACGUGCGAAGCUCCCAAAUUUUGGCGGAUUCGAAUUCCGAUAUUUGAAUCCGGAACGUAAAUUAUUUUAAUUGACAGUCAAAAAUGAUACUAACGAACUUAGUGGCCAGUUUUUAUACUGUUAAUUAAAAAUAAAAAAGUUUUAUCGUGUUGUGAGUAUAUAAGUGAAUUUCAUGUGGAAGAUUGAAAAAAUGUUGCGACGCGACGUGAUAACGGUUUCGUCGUUGUUCCUGGUAUUUUUUGGAGGUGUUACCAGCCUCCGUGAUGUGAAACUCCUCGUCAGACCGUCAGUGGUGAUCAGAAAUGGUACAGCAUCACUGAUCUGCUCCAGGGACAUGCAGGGGGCGCCACUGUACUCCGUGAAAUGGUACAGGGGAAACCAUGAGUUCUAUAGGUACACGCCUUUGGAGACUCCACAAACUAGGGUUUUUGGUCUGCCCGGAAUUUAUGUCGAUAUGAACAACUCGAAUGGUAGCCAGGUGCUUCUAAAGCACAUGGACAUCACUCUAGCUGGAAAUUUCAGUUGCGAAGUGACAGCGGACGCUUCGUUCGCGACGCAGAUCGAUACGAAGUUCGUCGACGUUGUGUGUCUACCGACCUUCGACCCAGUCCUGAAGGCCGACAAAGACCGGUACCAGCCCGGGGAGAUUCUCCGGGCCAACUGCAGCUCAUCACCUGCAAAGCCUGCUGCGAACCUGACCAUCUCCGUUAAUGGAGAGCCUCUGCUGGCCUCGGAGACCAGUCUGCACCCAUCGGAGUCAGGUCUCCUCUGGACCCGCGUCCACGCCGACAUCAAGGUGACACCAGACCUCUUCAUCAGCGGGAGACUGCGGGUAGCCUGUGUUGCCACCGUCUAUGACGUGUACAAGAGAUCUGCUAAGCUGGACUUCUUCACGCCAGAAGCGGAUCCAAGACCUGAGAGAAUAACACUCAACGGUGGAGCAACAGCGUGUGGAACAUUCAAUAAAUGGAUUCUUCUAUUUCUCCUCUUCUUCUUGCCUAUGCUGGUAUCUUCUGAUGACUAUACCCUGGACGAUGGAGGGGAUUACUACGAUGACAACACAAGGCUGAGACAAGCAGCUUUAACUUUAAUUCAUCUAUGA